UGUUAGUUGCCACGUGACAGCGGUCAGAGGGCAGGAGGAGAGUGAGGCGGGACCGCGGGACACAAGCCUCGGGAAGGCAAUGGCGGCCGACUCAGUGAUCACUGUGGAUCUGAGUUCCCUGAAGUUCUCCGCCAGGGACCAGCUUCACUUGUUGCCUGUUGCUAUCGAAUCUGACGGCAGUGCCAAAGUGGAGCAGUACUUCAGCCCAGCUGUGCGGCACAGAGAUGGGGAGUUGCAGGUGUCCUAUCGAGGCCGAGCCUUGCAAGGUCGGGAUCUUCCUGUGCCCCCUGGAUAUGUUGGACUUGUUCUGAAAGAGGACCAUAAACCGUGCCUGGAGGAGGAGGACCGGAACGUCAGUGUUAAAUCAUCUUUCUCUUCAGUGACUUACUGGAACCUGGGAUCUCCCCCAGCAGAAGACGACAGCGUGGUCAUGGCGAUGGGCUGGACUCAGAUUGCAGAAGCUCUUCAUGCACCUGUAGAAGAACAGUGAAUAGAUUUACGGUGGGCCUGGGUAAAGAAAAAUAAAUUCAGAUUCUGCACCUCCACCUCCCAGUACAUCUUCAGCUGUAACACUGGGGAAUUUGGAGGAACCAGGAAUCUUGUGGAGAGUGACCGUCCCAUAUUUUCCUUCACCAAACAAUGGGGCAUCAGCUGUGCAAAGAAAUGCCUUUUGUCACACCUUCGUGCAGAAAUAAAGAUUAUUUUCAAUACACAGUC